AUGUCCCCAUACAAGAAGAACGACCUCCCGUACAUCCACCGCUAUAUCACGACCCACAACAACGAAGGCGAAGCUGUGUUUCUUUCCCAUGCUCAGGUACCCGACUACCUCCCCUCAAAGCCGGCCGGGGAAGAUGGCGAGAUUGCCUUGCUAUACGCUACAACUAGCAUGCCAGCGUCAGUUGAUGACGAAGCCGAUGUGGCUAUGUAUGACGAGUUUCUUCAUCAACCACCCGGGAUCACAACCGAUGAAGGGACAAUUUUCCGGAUGAUCGACCUCCGUCCUGGAAAGACCACGCCGAUGCAUCGUACUGUCAGUGUCGACUAUGGUGUGAUACUCGAAGGAGAGGUUGAUCUCAUACUGGAUUCGGGCGCGAAGAGGCACAUGCAUCGUGGUGAUGUAUGUGUGCAGAGGGGUACAGCGCAUUCAUUUCGCAAUAGGAGUGAUAAGGAGUGGUGUCGUAUGUUGUUUGUAUUCUUGCCAAUGAACAAGUUGACUAUUCAGGGGAAAGAGCUGGGAGAGGAGGUGUAUGAAGACGACUAUUAA